AUGGCUGCGAAAAAGGAUAUGCGGAGGCUGGAUCUGGCCAUCCCCUACAUCGAUCCGCCGAAGACCAAAGAUGAAACCGACAUGACUGGCACCAUGUCCAGCACCUUGCCCAUGGCGGCGAUGUUUACCCGGAACAGGAUGAUUGGAUGGGUCUCGUUCGUUUUCGCCCUCCAAUCCUGGCUCGGAGAGACGCCGGACCAGAAGGAAACUGCGAGCACACCGGGCUACAUGUCGACAUACUUCCCCAUCUUCAUGCCUCCGACGCCCGCCGGCGGGGGUGCCGCUACCACCCCGACUCCUUCCCCCUAG